CCGGCGCCAUGCAGCGUGGGGCGCGAGCGCUGGCCUGGGCCCUGCUCCGCGCCGCGCAGCCAUGGCCGCACCGCCGCCCCCCGCCCUUCUCGCACCGCCGCCCCCCGCCCUUCUCGCACCGCCGCCGCCCGGCCUGCACUGCCGCCGCCCCGGGGCAGGUGAAGGCCACGCACUACGGGCUGGUGUACACCUGCAAGGUCUGCCAGACCCGAUCGGCCAAAACCAUCUCCAAGUUAGCCUAUCAUAACGGGGUGGUGAUAGUGAAGUGUCCUGGCUGCGGGAAUCACCACGUCAUAGCCGAUAACCUGGGCUGGUUCUCAGACCUGGAGGGCAAGAGGAACAUUGAGGAGAUCCUGGCAGCCAAAGGGGAGAAGGUGAGACGUGUGGUUGGUGAGGAAGCUGUGGAACUGCUGCUGGAAAGCUCAGCAGAUGCUGGCUCUCAAGGUCAGUCCUCGGAGGGAGAAAGCGGAGAACCUCCCCCAGAGGCGGGCGGCAAGGGACAGACCUGACGAGUGGGAUUGGUGUCGUUCUGCUGCUGGCAGGAGAGGCUUUGGAACCUUUAGUCCCUGGUUUCAGCAGUCUGUGUUUAAAAUAAACUUGGGUGUUGGUCUUUC